CGCGCCCCCGGAGGCCGCCGAGCCGCGCGCGGGCCAUGGCCACGCUCCCGGGCGCAGAGCGGCGCGCCUUCGCGCUCAAGCUCAACAGGUAUUCUUCAGCGGAAAUAAGGAAACAGUUCACUCUCCCGCCAAACCUUGGCCAGUACCAUCGACAGAGCAUAAGUACCUCUGGCUUCCCCUCUCUUCAACUACCUCAGUUUUAUGACCCGGUGGAGCCAGUAGACUUUGAAGGGCUUCUGAUGACACACCUGAACAGCCUGGACGUGGAGCUCGCCCAGGAGCUGGGAGACUUCACCGAGGACGACUUAGAUGUGGUGUUCACGCCAAAGGAAUGUCGCACCUUGCAGCCCUCCUUGCCGGAGGAAGGGGUUGAACUGGACCCUCAUGUCAGGGACUGUGUUCAGACCUAUAUUCGGGAAUGGCUAAUCGUGAACCAAAAAAACCAAGGAAGUUCGGAGAUUUGCGGCUUUAAAAAGACUGGAUCCCGAAGAGAUUUUCACAAGACACUUCAGAAACAGACGUUUGAGUCAGAGUCCUUGGAGGGCCAUGAACCAAGCACACAGGUGCGCCCCCGCCACUUAAACGUGCUCUGUGACGUGUCUGGGAAAGGCCCCCUCACUGCCUGUGGCUUCGACCUCCGCAGCCUGCAGCCUGAUCAGCGGCUGGAAAACCUCCUGCAGCAAGUGAGUGCUGAGGACUUCGAGAAGCAGAAUGAAGAGGCCCGGAGGACCAAUCGGCAGGCCGAGCUCUUUGCCCUGUACCCAUCAGUGGAUGAGGAGGAUGCGGUGGAAAUACGUCCGGUACCAGAAUGUCCUAAGGAACAUCUGGGCAACAGAAUACUGGUCAAGGUGCUGACUCUGAAGUUUGAGAUUGAAAUUGAGCCUCUGUUUGCCAGCAUCGCCCUCUAUGAUGUUAAAGAAAGGAAAAAGAUCUCAGAAAAUUUUCACUGUGACCUGAACUCAGACCAGUUCAAAGGAUUUCUGCGAGCUCACACACCCUCUGUGGAUCCAUCCAGUCAGGCAAGAUCUGCCGUAUUCUCGGUCACCUAUCCGUCCUCAGACAUCUACCUAGUAGUCAAGAUUGAGAAAGUCCUUCAGCAGGGAGAGAUUGGAGACUGUGCAGAACCCUACAUGGUCAUCAAAGAAGGUGAUGGUGGAAAGAGUAAAGAAAAGAUCGAAAAACUAAAACUUCAAGCUGAAUCCUUCUGCCAGCGUUUGGGGAAAUACCGAAUGCCUUUUGCCUGGGCUCCCAUAAACUUAUCAAGUUUUUUCAAUUUCUCCACCCUGGACAGGGAGGUAACCGAUGUGGAAUCCAUGGUUGGGAAAAGCUCUGUGGGUGAGCGGAGAACUUUGUCCCAGUCUAGAAGACUUUCUGAAAGAGCCCUGUCCUUGGAAGACAAUGGGGUCGGGUCCAACUUCAAGCCCACGACCAUUGCCGUGAACAACUUUUUCAAGCAGGAGGGGGAUCGCCUUAGUGAUGAAGACUUAUUCAAGUUUUUGGCUGACUACAAAAGAUCUUCAUCCUUACAGAGAAGAGUCAAGUCAAUUCCAGGCUUGCUCAGACUGGAAAUUUCUCCAGCUCCAGAGGUCAUCAAUUGCUGUCUGACUCCCGAAAUGCUGCCAGUGAAACCUUUUCCUGAAAACCGGACACGUCCACACAAAGAGAUUUUGGAAUUUCCAGUCCGGGAGGUCUAUGUCCCUCAUACUGUGUAUAGAAAUCUUCUCUACGUCUACCCACAGAGGCUGAACUUCACUAACAAACUAGCAUCUGCGCGGAACAUUACAAUAAAGAUCCAGUUUAUGUGUGGAGAGGAUGCUAGCAACGCUAUGCCGGUCAUCUUUGGAAAAUCCAACGGCCCUGAAUUUCUGCAGGAAGUAUACACAGCUAUUACAUACCAUAAUAAGUCUCCUGACUUCUAUGAAGAAGUGAAAAUCAAGCUCCCUGCUAAGCUCACAGUAAAUCACCACCUCCUGUUCACCUUCUAUCAUAUCAGUUGUCAGCAGAAGCAAGGAGCCUCAGUGGAAAGUCUCCUGGGAUAUUCGUGGCUGCCAAUUCUCUUAAAUGAACGUCUUCAAACUGGAUCCUACUGUCUCCCAGUUGCCUUGGAAAAGCUGCCACCCAACUAUUCCAUGCAUUCUGCAGAGAAAGUCCCUUUACAGAAUCCUCCCAUUAAGUGGGCUGAAGGACACAAGGGAGUAUUUAAUAUUGAAGUGCAAGCUGUUUCUUCUGUUCACACCCAGGACAACCACCUGGAGAAGUUCUUCACCCUCUGCCACUCCCUGGAGAGCCAGGUGACCUUCCCCAUCCGUGUGCUGGACCAGAAGAUCAGCGAGACUUCUCUGGAGCACGAGCUGAAGCUCAGUCUCAUCUGCCUCAAUUCCUCCCGCUUGGAGCCCCUUGUCCUCUUCCUGCACCUGGUGCUGGACAAGCUCUUCCAGCUGUCCGUGCAGCCCAUGCUCAUCGCCGGACAGACAGCCAACUUCUCCCAGUUUGCCUUUGAGUCCGUGGUGGCCAUUGCCAACAGUCUGCACAACAGCAAGGACCUGGCCAAGGACCAGCACGGCAGGAACUGCCUCCUGGCCUCCUAUGUGCACUAUGUCUUCCGCCUGCCUGAGCCGCCGAGGGACCCGCCCAAGUCAGGUGGCCCCGUGGCCCUCCCUGACCCUCGCUACCACACAUAUGGACGCACGUCUGCUGCUGCCGUGAGUUCAAAGCUGAUGCAGGCCCGGGUGAUGAGCAGUAGUAACCCAGACCUUGCGGGGACACACUGUGCCGCAGAUGAAGAAGUGAAGAACAUCAUGUCUUCAAAGACUGCUGAUCGCAACUGCAACCGGAUGUCUUAUUAUUGCUCGGGCAAUAAUGAUGUUCCCAGUUCCACGGCAGCCCCAAGGCCAGCCAGCAAGAAGCAUUUCCACGAGGAGCUCGCCCUGCAGAUGGUGGUCAGCACCGGGAUAGUGAGAGAAACCGUCUUCAAGUACGCCUGGUUCUUCUUUGACCUUCUGGUGAAAAGCAUGGCACAGUACGUACACAACAUGGACAAACGGGACAAUUUUCGGAGGACUCGUUUUUCCGACCGUUUCAAAGAUGACAUAACUACUAUUGUUAAUGUGGUCACCUCGGAGACUGCAGCCCUUUUAGUGAAACCUCAGAAGGAAACUGAACAGGCAGAGAAGAUGAACAUAAGCCUGGCUUUCUUCUUGUAUGACCUCCUCUCACUCAUGGAUCGGGGCUUCGUAUUUAACCUCAUCAAACAUUACUGUAACCAGCUGUCAGCCAAGCUCAACAACCUUCCAACGCUCAUUUCCAUGAGGCUGGAGUUUCUGAGAAUCCUCUGCAGCCAUGAGCAUUACCUCAAUCUGAACCUCUUCUUUAUGAAUGCUGAUACUGCUCCAGCAUCCCCCUGCCCCUCCAUCUCCUCCCAGAAUUCUAGCUCCUGCUCCAGUUUCCAGGACCAGAAGAUUGCCAGCAUGUUUGAUCUGACUCCCGAGUACCGUCAGCAGCACUUCCUCACUGGACUUCUCUUUACUGAACUGGCUGCUGCCCUGGAUGCUGAAGGAGAAGGGAUCAGCAAAGUGCAAAGGAAGGCGAUUAGUGCCAUCCAUAGCCUUCUGAGCUCUCACGACCUGGACCCACGCUGUGUCAAACCAGAAGUGAAGGUCAAAAUCGCUGCCCUCUACCUGCCUUUGGUUGGUAUCAUUUUGGAUGCUUUGCCACAACUCUAUGACUUUACAGUUGCAGAUGCUCGUAGUGGAAAAAAUCGUGCCAAUGGCUCAGAUGAAGAACAAGAAGGGACCAGUGCAAUUAACCAGAAUGUGGCGCUGGCCAUAGCUGGAAAUAAUUUUAAUUUGAAGACAAGUGGAGCAAUGCUUUCUUCCUUGCCCUACAAGCAGUACAACCUGCUGAAUGCCGACAUGACCCGCAACCUCAUGAUCUGCUUCCUCUGGAUCAUGAAAAACGCUGACCAGAGCCUCAUCAGGAAGUGGAUCGCCGACCUGCCAUCCAUGCAACUCAACAGGAUCUUAGAUCUCCUUUUCAUCUGUGUCUCAUGCUUCGAGUACAAAGGAAAGCAGAGUUCUGACAAAGUCAGUACCCAAGUCCUGCAGAAGUCAAGGGAUGUCAAGGCCAGGCUGGAAGAGGCUUUGCUCCGCGGGGAAGGUGCCAGGGGGGAGAUGAUGCGGCGCUGCCGGGCUCCAGGGAAUGACCGAUUUCCAGGCCUCAGUGAAAAUUUGAGAUGGAGGAAGGAGCAGACACAUUGGCGGCAAGCUAAUGAGAAGCAAGAUAAAACAAAGGCAGAGUUAGAUCAAGAAGCCUUGAUCAGUGGCAACCUGGCUACAGAAGCAAAUUUAAUCAUUCUGGAUAUGCAAGAGAACAUUAUCCAGGCAAGCUCGGCUCUGGACUGUAAAGACAGCCUGCUGGGAGGUGUUCUAAAGGUCCUGGUAAAUUCUCUGAGCUGUGAUCAGAGCACCACCUACCUGACUCACUGCUUUGCAACCCUCCGGGCUCUCAUUGCCAAGUUCGGGGAUCUGCUGUUUGAGGAGGAGGUGGAACAGUGUGCAGACCUGUGCCAACGAGUCUUACACCACUGCAGCAGCAGCAUGGAUGUCACCCGGAGCCAAGCCUGUGCCACCCUCUAUCUCCUUAUGCGGUUCAGCUUUGGAGCUACCAGUAACUUUGCAAGAGUAAAGAUGCAAGUAACCAUGUCUCUGGCAUCACUGGUGGGCAAGGCACCAGACUUUAACGAGGAGUACCUGAGAAGAUCCUUGAGGACGAUCUUGGCCUACGCAGAAGAGGACACUGCCAUGCAGGCCACUCCUUUCCCUACCCAGGUGGAGGAACUUCUCUGCAAUCUGAAUAGCAUCUUAUAUGACACAGUGAAAAUGAGAGAAUUUCAAGAAGAUCCUGAGAUGCUUAUGGAUCUCAUGUACAGAAUUGCCAAGAGCUACCAGACUUCUCCUGAUCUGCGGCUGACCUGGCUCCAGAACAUGGCAGAGAAACACACCAAGAAGAAAUGCUACACAGAGGCUGCCAUGUGCCUGGUGCACGCAGCUGCCUUAGUGGCCGAAUAUCUGAGCAUGCUGGAGGACCACAGCUACUUGCCUGUGGGCAGCGUCAGCUUUCAGAAUAUUUCUUCCAACGUGUUGGAGGAGUCUGCAGUCUCUGAUGACACUUUGUCACCUGAUGAGGACGGCGUGUGUUCAGGCCGGUACUUCACCGAGAGCGGCCUCGUGGGCCUCCUGGAGCACGCAGCUGAACUCUUCAGCACGGGAGGAUUGUACGAGACAGUUAACGAGGUCUACAAGCUGGUCGUUCCCAUCCUGGAAGCACACAGAGACUUCCGGAAGCUGACAUCCACACAUGACAAGCUACAGAAGGCUUUUGACAGCAUCAUUAGCAAGGGUCAUAAGAGAAUGUUUGGGACUUACUUCCGAGUUGGUUUCUAUGGAUCCAAAUUUGGGGAUUUAGAUGAACAGGAAUUUGUUUACAAAGAGCCUGCUAUCACCAAGCUUCCUGAGAUCUCUCACAGACUAGAGGGAUUUUAUGGCCAGUGUUUUGGUGAGGAAUUUGUGGAAGUGAUAAAAGACUCUACUCCUGUGGACAAAACCAAGUUGGAUCCUAACAAGGCCUACAUACAGAUCACUUUCGUGGAACCCUACUUUGAUGAGUAUGAGAUGAAAGACAGGGUAACCUACUUUGAGAAGAAUUUCAAUCUGCGGAGGUUCAUGUACACCACCCCCUUCACCCUGGAGGGGCGGCCCCGGGGAGACCUGCAUGAGCAGUACCGGCGGAACACCAUCCUGACCACCAUGCACGCCUUCCCCUACAUCAAGACCAGGAUCAGCGUCAUCCAGAAGGAAGAGUUUGUUUUGACACCAAUUGAAGUUGCCAUUGAAGAUAUGAAGAAGAAGACCUUGCAGCUAGCGGUCGCCAUUAACCAGGAGCCUCCUGAUGCCAAGAUGCUUCAGAUGGUCCUUCAGGGCUCCGUCGGAGCUACUGUAAAUCAGGGACCACUGGAAGUAGCCCAAGUGUUCUUGGCCGAAAUUCCAGCUGACCCAAAGCUCUAUCGACAUCACAACAAGCUGAGAUUAUGCUUUAAGGAAUUCAUAAUGCGGUGCGGUGAGGCCGUGGAGAAAAACAAGCGUCUCAUCACCGCGGACCAGAGGGAGUAUCAGCAGGAGCUCCGAAAGAACUACAACAAGCUGAAAGAGAACCUCAGGCCAAUGAUCGAGCGGAAGAUUCCAGAACUCUACAAGCCAAUAUUCAGAGUUGAGAGUCAAAAGAGAGACUCCUUCCACAGAUCUAGUUUCAGGAAAUGUGAAACCCAGUUGUCACAAGGCAGCUAAGAAAAGCUGUCCUCUCACCUGGAGACUGAGGCUCUAUGACCCUGGAGAAGUACUGGCUGGUACUUAAAACACAGGACAUUGGCUGCACAGGACGGACUACAUGCUCCCUGAGCAACCAGCUCUUUGGAAGCUUUGGAAUCCCAGUGACCGUGGGAUUUACACCAAAAUGGGGUCUGAUCAGAUUUGGGCCUUACUGGGGGUUGGGGAUAGAGGAGGGUGGUUAAAUACAGGAGCCUGUGUAUUUAUCAAAGCACGGUUUUUCACAAUACUGUACAAAGCAAAGCAUCAACCGCAUCUCCUGCUGAGUGGUUGGUCGCUGUCUAUGGGGGUGAGACGACUUCCUCGGGCCAGAUUUGGAUUUACAGGAAAAACCCAAAUUGCCCAUGGGAAGAUGGAUAAACUGUCUGCUGUCCUAUUCAGAGCGAACCUCACUCAUUCCGUUUAUGGGAAAGGAGGGUGAGCUAGCAGGAGUGCAAAAUGCGUUCAAUAAAUCUGUGAGGGGGGCCUCACUCAAAAUCUAAAAAUCAUAAUGAUGAUUGGAAACUUGGACAUAGAUGAGUUAUUUGUGGACUCAUUUGUUACCUUUUUGGUAACGGUGGACUAACUUUGUAUAGUUAUUUUUGCUUCCUUGUUACUAUAUGUUAAGUUAAUUUAACACGUGUUUAUAGAGAAGCAGGCUGCACUCACUGAUGAAGGAGAUGCAUGGUACUUCGCUACAUUCACUCAAAUUCAUUCCGACCUCCAUAAUGCUUUGCAUCUUUUCCUUCUGCUCCUCCUCGCUCACUCUGCUUCUCCUCCUGCCGGGGACCAAGUUUACUUUUAUAAAAGGAUAAUAGCACUGCUUUCAUUUCAGAACAUCAUGCCGUCUGUCAGCUUGUGCGUAUUGGCUACAGAGCAGAUUCAGCUUCAACUUCUUCUGACAAUGUACUUUAGGAGACAGAGGAACAAAAUUAUUGCUUGAGGAUUAAAUUAUAUAUUUUUAUUAUGCCUUGUUGACCUUGGCUGGUACUAAAAAUGUAAUCUGAAUCGCAAGCAAAAAUGCUUCCCUUUGCCACUUGUGGUUUUUUAUUUUGACAACUUGUAACUCUUGCAAAGCACUUCAGAGAAGAGGAAUGCAUAGUCAUGGGCCUCCCGACAGUGCUACCCUGGGUCGCACCGCUUAUGCAAUAUUUAAUCUGAUGUUCAUAAAAGAUAAUUUAAUUUGGAGAAUUCAGAACUUUUUUGGGUGCUUAUACCAUCAGGUAUGCAUGAAUUUAUAUUCUGAAAGUGGUCUUUUUUUUUUAUCAUCACUAAAGCUUACUCAUUUACAUGGUACAUUUUUUGGCUCUCAGGCAUUUGGGGGCAGGACUCUUUCUAAAGUGUAUUAGACACUUACUGGCUUUCCUAAAUGAGUACAUAUGAUGUACUUUAAUUCCAGAUGCUGUUCAGUGUCUUCUAUGUGGGAGGUACUGGGUGAGAUGGAGAUCAAGUCACAUUGUCCCUAUCCUCCGAAGCCCACCAGCUCAGUGAGGAAAAGCAUCUCUACAGGUAGCCACAAUACAGAGAAGACUAGAAUAGGCCCUCCAGAGCAUAACCUUUCAUGAGCAAUUCAAGGUGGGGCAUCACUACCAGUAUUGAUUAUAUUUUUGCCCUCAACCAGUAAGUGUUAGGUUACCUAACAACUUAGGUACCGUAAGUUACCUACGGCUGACUUCUAACUCCAAGAGCCCUCUUACUCCUAAUGACCUAAGAUAUUCCUGAUUAAAUGUCCCCUGCUUUUUUUUUUUUAAUUUUAUUUAUUAUUCAUGGGAGACACAGAGAGAAAGAGGCAGAGAUACAAGGCAGAGUGAGAACCAGGCUCCCUGUAGGAAGUGUGAUGCGGGACUCGAUCCCAGGACCCCAGGAUCAUGCCCUGAUCCAAAGGCAGAUGCUCAACCAGUGAGCCACCCAGGUGCCCCCAAAUGUCCCCUGCUUUUAGAUACCUGUUGUCACUUUUUUUUUUUUAACUCUCUCUUGUACCACAGUGGGUGCUGCUUGCUUCACGAGUUUGGGGACCAUGUUAACUGCUACAUCCUACCCUCCAACCCAGUGCUGAACACAUGGAGGACUCUUGAUAAGUGUUUGCUGGAUGGCUAAAUAAAUGAAUGAGUAUGAGUGGA